AUGUCAAAAUGGACGCUUCAUACGAUAACGGAAGCUGCUACAGAUGCAUACACAGCGAUGAUGCAGCCCCGUGCGGGGGAGAAUCUAGUCCGGGAUUUCGUGGACGAAGUCAUCGACGCUUUUAUCGAACAGUCACCAUACGCGCUUCGUCGUAAGGCCGAGCAACCACCAGAUCUCAAUGUCUUCUCCGAACAUCGCAAAAAAAGAGUUGAUAUCAUACUGAACUCCUUCAUCAAUCAGAACAAGACGAGAUUCGUUCUCAUUUUCACGGAACUCAAGAAGCCACCUGUCAGAGGCAGGAACCCGGAAACCACCGAUAUUGUGACUGUCGAGCAGCAAGCAUACGACGCCUGCAAAGCAUACAUCGAUUCGCCGGAUUGUCCCGUCUCUUUGGUCUUUGCGUGGUGCGUUGUAGGCCCGCUCUCGCGGAUGUUCAAAUACGCUCCUGACACCGCAAAUACUUGGGAAUCUCUCUGGGGAACACAAAAGGCGUACGACUUCACUCAAUACAUCGACGCUGCGAGGCCAGAGAGUAUAAGGAUAUUUAAUACUUUCAACGCUAUCCUAAGCUCGCACCCGGUGGAGUUGGCCAAGAAGGCUUAUCUGACACCUAAUCUUCCUCAACGAGACACUCAGUUUGUCUUGCCGAGUCAACCCACUGUCAAUGUCGCGCGGCCAAUGGCUCAGUUUGUGCGGGACGUUCCGCCUGUUGCUUCCUCCUCGAGACAACCCCAGAACCAGACACAACUGCAGUCACAACCACCACCGCAAAUGCAAUCGCAACUACAACCACAACCACAAAUGCAACAAACGCGAGCCACAGUUGAAAGGCUUCGACAAAUGGGCUAUCCCGUCACGUCAAGUAAUGAAGGAUAUUCGAUUACUUGUACCGUAAAUAGGAUCCAAAGCAGAAUGCGGAUUCACUUUGGAGAGAGCGUCUUGAUAUUCGAUCCUGUUGAGAAUAUAUGGGCCGCCACACGGUUUUGGCAAGACACACUCUAUGUGUAUACUCGAGGACAAUGGAUAGCGUUGGGCAAGAGCAGCUAG